AUGAUCUUCACGGUGAUUGAGUUACGGCCAUGGCCCGUCAUGGCUGCGUACGCUGCCGGGCUGUAUGUGCUGUUCUGUUUUCUCCUGGUGGUGUAUCGACUCUAUCUCAGUCCUCUCAGCCGCUUCCCCGGCCCUAAACUCGCCGCCGCAACACAGUGGUACGAGACAUAUUAUGAGAUGUUCAACCGUGGCGGUGGCAUGUUCACUAAGCAUAUCAAGAAACUGCACGAGGAAUACGGCCCUGUUAUCCGCAUCAAUCCGUGGGAAUUGCACAUCGACGAUCCAGAGUUUUACGAGACCAUCUAUGCCCCAUCUGCUCCAUUCGACAAGCUGAAAGUAUUCGAAAACCGAUUCAAUAUACCCACCGCUGCCUUUUCCACUGCAGACCACGUGGCGCACAAACGACGCCGGGCAGCGUUGAACCCCUUCUUUACAAGAAGUAAAAUCCAAGCCCAUGCUCCGUUUAUCCAGACGGUCGUCGACACCACUUGCACCCGUCUAGAGAAGGAAUUUGGCGGCAAGCAGAAGCCGGUCGUUCUAAAUGACAUGUUUGCCUGCCUGUCGGCCGACGUGAUUGUAGCUUUGGCCUUUGGGGAUGAACCCACGAUCUGCCACAGUGAGAAUUGGCAGACUCCUUUCACCAAGGGAAUGGACAAUAUGGUUUCUGCGACGCAUCUCAACUCCCAGUUUCCAUUCAUGGUCCAUGUCGUCAAUGCCAUUCCGGAUAGCCUCAUGGCCAAGUCGGCCUUGUUCCAGCCGAUCAUUGAAUUUCGUCAUGGCCUAGACCGCCGCAUUCGCCAGCUUCUGGGCGACCGUAAGGCGCAGAAACCCACUGGGAGCACAGUCUUUGAAGUCCUUCUCAAUUCCAAACUCCCUCCGCACGAACUGACGGAACAGCGCCUCCAACACGAGGCCGUCAGUAUUAUCGGAGCUGGAUUUGAUACCACACGUCAGAUGCUGACAUUGAUCUGCUUCCAUAUUCUGUACCACCCGGAGGUCUAUACCAGACUGCAGCAGGAGCUCGUCGAGGCGAUUCCCGAUCCGAAUCAGGUCCCCUCAUGGUCACAAUUGCAGCAAUUGCCGUAUCUCACAGCAUGCAUUGAAGAGGGCUUGCGUAUCGGCUUCGGCACCGUACAACGCUCUCCUCGUAUCUCUCCCAACCCCAUCCAAUACCAGAAUUACGUGAUUCCUCCUGGAACUCCCAUCUCCGAGGACUCUUACCACAUGCAUUUGAAUGAAGAUGUCUUCCCGGACAGCUACAGCUACAAGCCCGAGCGUUGGCUAGGUAACCCGAAGGGCCCCGACGGAGUCAAGCAGCUGUCUCGGUAUAUGGUGGCCUUUGGGAGAGGUGCACGCAUGUGUCUAGGGAUGCAGAUGGCGUACUGCGAGCUAUAUCUGAUGCUGGCUACGAUGCUGCGCCGAUUGAAGUUCGAGUUGUUUGAAACAGAUAGGUCCGAUGUCGACUUUUAUGUGGACUGGUUGACCCCUCAUGCCAAGCUGGAUAGCAAGGGUGUGAGGGUUCUCGUGAAGGGUGUGGCUUAA